AUGGAUAUCUUACCGAGCGGAAACAUAUUCAGAGAACUCCAGACCAUACACGAUACUGGAUAUUUUUCAUCGGAGCCCUCGCUGGAGGAUCACUGGCAACAGGUUUUUGUUCGUAUCCCCCCCCCCUCCAUUCGUUCGGUUUCGGUUUUUUUAAAAUAA